UUUUACUAAAAUAAUAAUAUAAAAGUUUACAUUCUAUAAUAAAAUAAAGAUUAACAAUUUUCAGUCAUUAUAAUUAUGAUGGAAAUGAAGUUCAAUUUAAGUUUUAUUUUCUUGUUUGGCUUUAUGUUUUAUACAGAAGGCUUGAUAUGGAACAGUAGAGAAAAGCAAUUUCUAAUGGCCCACGAUGAAUGUCAAUCAAAUCGUAUAACUGCUGUUGGUGAUGACACAUUAAGAAAAUUAAGUACAGGAGAUGAAAUCACUAGUUUUGAGAUGAGUGAACAUAUAAUGUGCUUGGUCAAAAAAGUAGGCUUACUUGAUGAAAAUGGAAAACUGAAUAAAGAACAAGCUAUGACUGAUUUGAAAACCAUAACCAAUAAUAAAAUAGAAGAAAUUAUUAAAGAAUGUAACGUUAGAUCCGAUAAAGAUUCAGAAGAUGACACUAUCUUAAAAUUAUUUGUAUGUAUAUGUCUAAAGACGCAUAUGCACAUCCAUUAAUCAAUAUAAUAAAAAUUAAAUAUUAUUAAGGAAUAAUAAUUUUAGUAGAAAUAGAAAUAAUGAUACAUUUUUUAAUACUAAAUAAUUUUUACACAUAGGUAUGACAAUUUUAUUUAUCUUUGUUUUCAUAAUUCCUAUUUUGAAUAGUUAUUUACGUCACAAAUCCGGACGAAGCAGUUAGGUAGCUGCUAGCCUGCGUCACUCAAUACAGAAUGGUUGAAGAAUUAUUACUAUCCAUUUUUUGUACUCGAUAAUAAAAGAAUAACAGCCCUAGAUAUUGCAAAAUAUCAUAAAUGUAUCAAAAUGUAACAUUAAAUAUAUAAUAAAAUUUAAAAAAGAGCCAAUUCAGUUACAUCUUAACCUAGUUUCAAGAAUAAAGAGAAACAACAGAAGAGCUUGGCUUGCAAGGUAGCCAAUAGUGCGGACCCACUACUGCAGCUGGUUCAAGACCAUGAAACAACUGGUAUCGGGCUUUUCUUUUUAAGGCUGCAGGUAAAGCAGCGGAUGAACUGGGUCUCAUAUUUGAAAUAGACGACAACCAAUCUCUCACAAGGUUGGAACCCGCUCAAGUAAAACGUCGAGUUAGGGCAGCAGAACAACAGCUGCUCUUGGAACAUAGAAAAGAUCUUAAUCUAUCACGGGAAUUUACUUUCUCUUUUCUUCGAUCAGCUGACCUGAAGUCUGAGACAGAGGGAUUCUUGUUAGCUUGGCAAGAUGGCGUAAUUCAUCUUCUUGUAUACCGCGCUCAAUUAACGCAUAUGGCGGAUGUCAGAUGCAGAAUAUGCCAACAAUACCUGGAGACAUUAAUGCAUCUUUUGUCCGCUUGCCCGGUGCAAGCUGUGCCUGGGUACAUCUACAGGCACAACGCCGCAUUGCGGGUUCUCUACUAUCAUCUGAGACAUCACAACGGUAUAAAUGAGACAUCAGUUUUGCUAUACACCCCAGACGAAAUUGAAGCGGUAGUGGAAAAUAAGAGUUGCCGUAUUUAUUGAAAUUACGAUUUUCCCACAACAACUAGACUCCAAGCUAACAAGCCCAAUUUGGUGCUGUUGGACAAACAGAGUCAUUCAAUGUUUUCUGUACCAGCUGAAACCAAAAUUAUUAUUAAGGAGAGGGAAAAGCGUGCCAAAUACAUUCCACUGAUUAGCGAGUUGUAAAGAAUGUAUCCGGAAUAUAGUGUAAGAAUGGUAGUCCUAAUUAUGGGUGUUUUAAGGGGAAUCAAAAACACUAUGCCCAAGAAGCUACAAAAAAUACCGGCUUGCCGAAACUCAUCAAAACAACUAGUGGUGAAGAUGCAGAAUGCGGUGGUCCUUGAGUCCCUUCGUCUUUUGAGGAAAUUAAAUUUGGCCGAAGAUCACUGACCGAGCGGAUGUAAGGAGUGAUCUUCUUAGCGACCAGGCAUUUCGCGUAAUGUACUGGGUGUGUCGAAAUUCCAGGAACAUUGCGACGAAUUUUUACACAUAAUAAUAUUAAUAAUAAUAUUAAUAAUAUUAAAAAUAUUAAAAACAAAAAUAAUAAUAAUUUUUAUUCACCAUUUAUGUAAUUGACAUACCUUAUUCAUUAGAAGUAUUUGCUGCCCAUUUAUGACCAUGUUGUUGCGCAUGGGCUGCCAAAUUACUAACUUUUUUUGAAACAAUUUUUUUUAAUAUGUAGAUUACAUUAUUAAAGAUUGACGUGUAUAAGUUCAUAAAAUCAAAUUAAAUUAAUUAAUGAAUACAUAUUAAAUUAUAAUUACUGAACAAUAACAAUUUAAAAUUAGCUAAAAAACACAUAAUUUAAAAUACAUAUAAUAAAGAUGUACAAAAUAAAAAUAUCAAGUAAAAAGUAUAAAAUUACAACUAAAUUAUAAUAUAUAAGUUCGAGUACUUGUAUAUUUAAUCAAUUAAUUCUCUUUGGGAUUUUCUAUCCGAAUUAAUAAGAAAUUUUUUGAUGAUAAAUUUAAAACGUUCAACAGAAUUUAUGAUUUGUAAAUAUGCCUUGUACAUAUCCGAAUAAUAAUUAAAGAUUUUUGCAC